UCCAUGGCGGACAUUGCAGUGAUAAUCAUCGGAGCCGGUCCCUCCGGUCUCGCCACCGCCGCCACUCUAACCCUCUCAUCAAUCCCAUACAUAAUCCUCGAAAGAGACGACUGUUCCGUUCCCCUCUGGAGGAAGCACUCCUACGACCGUCUUCACCUCCACCUCCCAAAGAAAUUUUGCCAGCUUCCCGGAAUGCCCUUCCCUUCCUCCGCUCCUAAAUACGUUCCCAAAGCCAAUUUCCUCGACUAUUUGGACAGUUACACCGCGAAUUUUGGAAUCCACCCGCUGUAUCGCCGGAAUGUGGAGGCGGCGGAGUUCGAUUCUGCGGAGAAGAAAUGGCGGGUCAGAGCUAGGAAGUUGGACGACGGUGAAAUUGAGGAGUUUUCCGGUGGGUUUUUGGUGGUGGCGACUGGAGAGACGGCGGACGCUUACACGCCGGUAGUUGAGGGGAUUGGGGGAUUCGGCGGCGAAGUUAUUCACUCCACUGAGUUUAAAUCAGGGAAGGGGUAUGAAGGGAAGAAUGUUUUGGUUGUCGGGUCGGGUAAUUCCGGUAUGGAAAUCGGUUUGGAUCUUGCUCUUCAUGGUGCCCAUACUUCCCUGCUUAUUCGAAGCCCGGUUCAUGUGGUGUCCAGAAGAAUGGUGAACUUUGGAUUGGUUAUGUUGAAGUAUUGUUCAGUUGGGUUUGUGGAUUGGUUAAUCAUGAUGGCGAGCAAACUAGUUUAUGGAAACCCCACUAAAUAUGGAAUCAACAAACCAGCUGAGGGCCCAAUGGCCAUGAAAGUUAAGUAUGGAAAAUAUCCUGUUAUUGAUCGAGGAACUGUUCACAAAAUUAAAUCCGGUCAAAUUCAGGUCUUGCCUACAGAAAUCUCAAGCAUAAAUGGCAAUAAUAUAUUUUUUAAAAAUGGAAAAUAUUAUCCAUUCGACUCUAUAAUAUUCUGCACCGGCUUCAAAAGGUCAACAAAUUUGUGGUUGAAGGGAGAUGAGUAUCUUUUGAACGACGAUGGACUACCGAAACCUAGCUACCCUAACCAUUGGAAGGGAAAGAAUGGGUUAUAUUGUGUAGGACUAUCAAGGAGAGGGCUAUAUGGAUCUAAUUUUGAUGCACAAAAGGUUGCUAAAGAUAUCGCAUCUCAAAUCCACAAGUGUGGAUAGAAGAAGAAGAAGAAGAAACGGUGGAUCUUAGUUAACCAAAUAUACGUAAGAAAAAAAUAUACAUAUAUAUUCGAUCUUAAUCCUGAAUGAGUUAUGAAUU